AGCAAAGCAGUAAUGGUGUCCAUAAGGGGUUUUAGCUUUGCACUUGUGUUUGUUUUGGUUCUUAUAGGAAACUCAACUGCACAUCGCCAUGUUAUGGAAACAACAGUGGCUGCAGAUCAUGGAAGUGGUGUUGAAUCGGCAGCAGAAAACCUGGCCAACUCAGGCAAGGUAAAGUUAAUGAAGUUAAAGAAAGUGAGAGUGGAAGAAGGUGCAAAUAUUUCAGGUUCAAAUCAUCACUUUAUUAACCAUACAUCAUCAGAGGAAGCAAUUUUGAACGUAAAUCGUAAAUCGAGAAAUACAAAUCAUCAUCAUCAUCAUAAUCGUCGUCGUCGUCGUCGUCGCCAUGGGAAGACCAAAAUGACUGGUUUUACAGCUUUGAAUGCUGAUUAUCAUGUCCCAAAAUCCCAUCCCCCUAAGAAUAACUGAGAGUAAAAUGAAACUGUUUAUUAUUUAUUUUUGGGGUUAAGCCAUCCAA